AUGUCUAGCCUGACAGAAGAGAGUAAAGAAUCUGUCCCAAAGGCUUCACCUGGUGACAAUGGUAUCUCCUCAAUGACAGAAUCUGAAACCCAUUUGAACAAUGCCAGUGAAAAGAGAAAGUUCGAUGAAAUAUCAGACAAGGAUGACAAGAAACCCUCUGAUGAAAAAACCAUCAAACUCGAGAAGAAAGAAGAGUCAAUUAAUAAUGGGCCAGUCGUGAAGACUUAUGGAAUCAGUAAAGUCAAGUACCCGCAAAACUCUGUUAUUGUUUCAUCCCGCAAACCAAACUUGAGGUAUAUCCCGCUCAAAACAGGGUUGUGUUAUGAUGUGAGAAUGAGAUACCACGCCAAGAUAUACACAUCAUAUUACGAAUAUAUAGACCCCCAUCCAGAAGAUCCAAGACGUAUUUAUAGAAUCUACAAGAUUUUGGCGGAAGAGGGUCUUAUCAAUGACCCAACUCUUUCAGGGUCAGACGAUAUUGGCGAUUUGAUGGUAAGCAUUCCGGUCAGGGAGGCAAGUGAGGAAGAAAUCUUACAAGUUCAUACAAAAGAACACUUGAAUUUCCUUAAGGAAACUACUGCCAUGACUAAGGAACAACUAUUAAAAAUAACAGAAUCAGGAGAUUCAGUUUAUUUCAACCAUGAUUCGUUCUUUUGUGCCAAAUUAUCUUGUGGUGGGGUUAUUGAAGCUUGUAAAGCGGUUGUUGAAGGAAGAGUAAAAAAUUCAUUUGCAAUUGUUAGACCGCCAGGUCACCAUUCAGAGCCGGAAGCUCCUGGUGGAUUUUGUUUAUUUUCCAACGUCGCAGUGGCCGCCAAAAAUAUUCUAAAAAAUUACAGCGAAUCCGUACGGAAGAUUGUCAUCCUUGAUUGGGAUGUCCACCAUGGCAAUGGUACUCAGAAAUGCUUUUAUGAUGAUCCAAGGGUAUUAUAUAUCUCAUUGCAUCGUUUCGAAUUGGGCAAAUAUUAUCCAGGAACCCCUGCGGGUGAUUACGAUCAGGCAGGAGAAGGUGCAGGGGAAGGGUUUAACAUCAAUAUUCCAUGGCCGACCGGUGGCAUGGGCGAUGCUGACUACAUCUACGCGUUUAAUAAUGUAAUCAUACCAAUAUGUCUUGAAUUCAACCCCGAUUUGGUCUUGGUGUCUUCAGGGUUUGAUGCCGCAGAUGGUGAUAUGAUUGGCCAAUGCCAUGUUAGUCCAGGGUGUUAUGGUCAUAUGGUCAAUUUGCUCAAGAACUUGGCGAGGGGUCAUCUUUGUGUUGCGUUGGAAGGUGGUUACAAUUUAGAUAGCAUCAGCAUAAGUGCUUUGGCGGUUGCCAAAGCUUUAUUGGGUGAACCUCCUGAUGAACUAAAGACUCAUAUUCCUAGCGUGGCGGCCGUCGAAACUAUUUAUAAAGUUCGGGAAUUCCAAAGUAGAUAUUGGAAAUCAAUGAGACCUGGGUUUGCCUCAAUAUCUGAUAAUAAUGUCGUCAACUUAACUAAGAAAACCACUGAAGAAGGAUCAUCAAAGACUGGGAAAAAACAAGAUUUGAUAUCGCAAAACACCACCUGUUUAUCCGAUGCUGUCAGAUUACAUCAAGCUACAAACUUGAAGGAAAGAUACGGGUUAAUGAAUUUACCAAUGUUGCUAAAUGAUUUGUCAUCCAACAAUGAAACCAAUAUCAAAUUCUCUAAUCUAUACGCCAAUUCUUCAUCGUUUGACAAUCAAUUUUUGGCCACUCCUAAUAUUUUCCAACAAGAAACUGUUUGUAUAUUGGUUCACGAUCCAUUUGAAAUUUACGGUCAUAUUGAUCCAUUGUACGGGAGUUUAGAAUCGUAUUCAUCAGUGUACAUGGAUCCAACUGAAAAAUUGAUUAAUUGGGUAAUCAGCGAAAAGAAUUUCGGAUUGAUCGAUGUUUCAAUUCCUACCGCCAUAACCAAUAACAAAGAUAAAGGUAUUGAAGCUGAUAAUCCGACUAACUCUCAAGGAAAUGCUUCUGGCUCUACCAAUGGUGCAUCUACUAAAAAGGAAAAACCAAUGGAAGAAUAUAAUAAUAUUUUAUAUUCCCAAGAAUUGUUACUUUAUCUUUGGGAUAACUACCUUAAAUUCUUUUCAAACCUAAAAAAUUUGAUUUUCUUCGGGAUUGGUGAUUCAUAUAAUGGGAUUGUAUAUCUACUUGGCCAUCGUCAAGUUGUGAAUACUAGUUUUGAAACUGAAGGUAGUGCUUCUCCCAAUGGUGGUGGUAAUUCAGACAACUCGACCGAUUCUAGUGGGAUAUCUUCUUCGGUUGACAAUACAUUAGGAUUGGUAAGAGGUAAGAUUGAAAGGGCUUGUCUGAUUAAUUUCCUCAAUUCACAUAAUCAACUUAGACCAAUAAUUCCAUUAGUUGACGAGUCUUUGACUGAUUGGUUUUACAAAAAUAGUUUAGUGUUCACUUCCAAGAAGCAUCCAAUUUGGGAUAAUAAUGAUAACUAUAAUAAGAGACCAAGAAGAAAAUUUGGUAGAGUUUUAAAAAGUGAAAUGGGUGAUAACUUGUAUGAUGUUUUCCAGGAAAAUUAUGAAGAAGCAAUGGAAUUUGCCCUUGAAACAUUGGAAGAAUUUGAGAGUGAUGAAAGUGAUACGGAUUGA